AUGUGGGUCCCUCACACGACGGGGACGGUCAGGUACUGGAGUGGUUUUCGUCCUAGUAUCUGUCGCAAGUAACAACGUUUACAACGUGACAGUUUCUCACAGUGCUGGUGGCUCACUGCAUAUGUACACAACGCAACCGAUCGUCUGCACUCGCUCGGUAACUUGACC